ACUCUGGGUCAGAGUCAACAUGGCAGCCUGCAGGUUGCCUGUGGAUUAUUGCAGAGCUUAACGACUAUUUGAAUUCAAUGAGCUUGUUAUCACUGAAAUAAGCAUUAAACAUGUUGCAGUUACUCUGCUGUAGAGCAAGCAUCACUGCUCCAGUGCGGUCAUUGCCGUUAUACCCGCGAUGCAAUAACACUGCAGACUUAUGGAAACUUUCACGGUGGUACACAUCUCCAGGAUGUAAAACAAACAGCUCCUCACAGCAGCCUGGAAACGCUGUCAGCCGUCUCUGGAGCCUCACUCAGAGAGCCGUCCGCCAGUCCACCGUCAGAACGCCCAAACCCCCGGGAGUGGCUCUGAAGUUCAUCCUGGGACCAGCAGUACUCACCGUCUCUGCACGACUGUUUUGUCACGUAGCCCACUGCGAGGCAGAUGUGAAUAACAACAUCCCUGUGGAAGCUGUAGCCAAAAACCCCGUGCCUGAGUUCAAAUGGCAUAUCCUGUGGGAAUUUGUCAAACCUCAGCUGUUUGCUCUCAUUGGUGCAGUUGUGCUUGCUUUUGGCGCCGCUAUCUUGAAUAUUCAAAUCCCACUGAUGCUCGGGGAGCUGGUGAACGUUGUGGCACGUCACCUGAGAGAACAGACUAGGAAUUACGUCCAAGAGAUAAGAGACCCUGCACUGAAAUUACUUGGACUGUAUGGUAUCCAAGGCCUGCUGACGAGCGGCUACAUCAUCCUGCUCUCGAGGGUGGGGGAGAGAGUGGCAGCAGACAUGAGGAAGACCCUUUUCGCAUCCUUACUGAGGCAAGAUGUGGCUUUUUUUGAUGCUAAUAAAACUGGGCAGCUUGUGAAUCGAUUGACUGCCGACAUUCAGGAGUUCAAAUCCUCCUUUAAAUUGGUCAUCUCUCAGGGUCUACGGAGUGUUACACAGACAGUUGGUUGUUUUGUCUCUCUCUAUAUCAUCUCCCCCAAACUCACAGGUUUGACAGUAGUUGUCCUCCCAUGUCUCGUGGGAGCCGGGGCUCUCAUUGGCUCAUUCCUCCGCAAACUGUCCCGUUUGUCUCAGGAACAGGUGGCAAAAGCAACAGGAGUGGCAGAUGAGGCACUUGGCAAUGUGCGGACAGUGAAAGCUUUUGCAAUGGAGGAGCGUGAGCUCCAGUUAUAUGCAUAUGAAGUUGACAAGUCAUGUGAAAUAAAUGAAAAUCUUGGCACUGGAAUAGCAGUUUUUCAAGGAAUGUCAAACAUUGCCCUGAACUGCAUUGUCCUAGGAACUAUUUUUGCUGGAGGGACUUUAAUUUCUAGAAGUGAAAUGUCCCCUGGAGACCUCAUGUCUUUCCUUGUUGCUUCCCAGACUGUUCAGAGGUCAUUGGCCAGUAUCUCUAUCCUUUUUGGACAGAUGGUGAGAGGAUUAAGCUCUGGGGCCCGAGUUUUUGAAUACCUCGCUUUGAAGCCAACCAUUCCACUGUCUGGAGGAGGACGCAUCCCGUACAAUUCUCUGACAGGAAGAGUGGAUUUUACGGACAUUUCAUUCAGCUAUCCAACAAGACCUGGCCAUCAGAUCUUGAAGAAGUUCAACUUAACGCUUCCACCUUCUAAAACUGUUGCCAUUGUUGGAGAAUCUGGAGGAGGAAAGUCCACCGUGGCGUCCUUGCUGGAGCGUUUCUAUGACCCCACCAGUGGUGUAAUCAUGCUGGACGGACUUGACAUCCGAACACUUGAUCUGGCCUGGUUCAGGGGACAAGUCAUUGGAUUUAUCAAUCAAGAGCCAGUUUUGUUCGGAUCAUCUGUCAUGGAGAACAUCCGCUUUGGGAAGCCUGAGGCCACAGAUGCUGAGGUCAUUAAUGCAGCCAAGCAAGCCAAUGCUCACCGCUUCAUUACAGGUUUCCCAGAUGGCUACAACACUGUGGUUGGUGAACGAGGUGUGACGUUAUCUGGUGGCCAGAAACAGCGCAUCGCCAUCGCCCGCGCCUUGAUCAAGAACCCUAGCAUCUUGGUGCUAGAUGAAGCCACCAGCGCCUUGGAUGCUGAAUCAGAGCGAGUGGUGCAGGAGGCUCUGGACAGGGCCACAAAGGGUCGCACUGUGCUUAUCAUCGCCCACCGGCUGAGCACCAUUCAAGGGGCCGACCUCAUCUGCGUCAUGAGUGAUGGCCGCAUCGUGGAGGCUGGGACUCACUUGGAGCUGCUGAGCAAAGGAGGACUUUAUUCUGAUCUGAUCCGCAGGCAAAGAGCUGAGGGGAAGAAAUGAACACAAAACUUGUUUAAUGUAGAUCUACAAUGAGACUGUGAUGAGUAAUGGGAUUUCUUUUAAAUGAAAUUCAUAGGAAAGGUUUGCCUGAACAGAUAAAUUAUGUAAAACAUGUUGUGUAAAUUUACCAGCUCUCUCUGUCUAGUUUUAUGACAAACUCAAAUGUAUGUAUGUAAAUGUAUAAGUGGACCAACUGGAUCAGCCUGUGAUGAAUAACAAACCACACUACUGUACAGUUAUCUACCUUAAUGGAAAUUUCAUAACACUGUUUUCUCUUUAUCUUGUAUAGAAUGAUAAAUUAUAAUGUGGUAGAAAAAUAAUUAAAGUUUGUUUCACUGAGA